UUAUUAUUAUUAGAGAAGGACAAUUAGAAGAAAAGAAAAAACAAAAAACAAAAAAAACACCAAACAAAGAAAUAGAUUUGUUAUGGUCAGUGCUCAAUAUCUCUAGCAAACCAAGAAACCCACCGGCAGGAGAUCUGAAAUUAGAGAAAGAAACUAUGUUCCAGAGAAUCUUUCCUCCGGCGAUUACCCCCAAACCAUAUACCGCCCAAUUUCCCAACUGAGUUAUCCUUCUCCGCCGCCCACCACGCGCCACCGCCGCCACAGGUGAAAUUGCAGAAACCCUUGUUUCUUUGCUCGGAAGGUGUCGAAGAGAGGAGCAAAAUUGGUGGUAAUUAUAUCAUCUUAGAAGGGUAAUUCUGACUUUUCGUACUCGCGCUAUGGGGGGGAAAUGACUUUGACUUAAACUCAUGGGGGUGUUUUCGUGAUAUUUUUUAUCAAGCGACUUUUUCUGCAGUUGCAAUUUCACAAUGGGUGCUUUUUGCAAAUAAAAACUCUAAUAUAUAAUAGGUGUAUUGUGCCGAAGAAAGAACAUUGCGUGAUCAGCUUCGUAUCUACGCCACCGUGGCGCCACGUGGACACUCCUUUAAUAUUUCUUUUUAUUAUAUAUAUUAUAUUAUUUUAAUAAUAAUAAUAUACACACGUUAGUAAUCACACAUAUAUUAUUUAUUUAUUUAUUUAUUUUUCUUUUAAAAGGCACAAUAAAUUAAAGUACAAAUUACUUCUCCCCGAGAUGAAAGAUUCCAAUUCUCCUCCGAUACAGAUUCCCCCCCUGCUUCUCUAGUAUGUGUAUACACACACACACACACUGUGUGAGAAACAAGAAUCUGCUGGGAGGAAAGGCUGCUUUUUUUUUUUUUUUUCUUUAUUUAUCCACAGAAUAAUUCAAUUCGAAAAGUUUUAUUUUACUUUCUCUCUCUAGAAAAGAAAAUAAAAAAAAAAGAAGAGGAGAGAGAUUUCCGUCUUGUUUUCCGAAAAUGGGGAGAAGAAAGCUGGAGAUGAAGGAAAUCGAAAACAACAGUGCGAGAAUGGUUUGUUUCUCGAAGAGAAGAAGCGGUUUGAUUAAGAAAGCUAAGGAAUUAUCUGUUCUCUGCGAUGUCGACGUGGCCACAAUUUUCUUCUCCAAGAGUGGAAAGCUUUAUCAAUACUGUAGCACUGACAGAAUAGCACCAAUCCUGGAACGAUAUCGAAUUGCAAGAGAGCAAUUAGGUGCCUCCUCGACUGGAUAUUCUGAGGCGCCAAUGGGUCAGUCAUCUGAACAUCCAGGUUUUAUUAUUACAAGGAACGGACUACUCCGAAAUUUUGCAAGGGAUCUUAACGAGGCAUGCAUUGACGAGCUAAGUGUAACGGAUCUUAUACUUCUCCAGAAACAAACAGAGGCUGCGCUUAUCCAAAUAAGUUCGACUAAGGUUUUCAUCUCUCCCAUUCCAUAUAUUUUUUGUUUCCUUCAAAACCCCCCUUGUGUUAUGGAAACCUUGCAUCAAAUCCCCCUUUUUUUCUUGCGUAAACCCCCUUGUGUUUCGUUUUACUUUGCACGAAAUCCCCUUUUCCGGUAAAAGUUAAUGCCGUUA